UUCAGCCCGAAACGUUUGUUUUUGUUCUGUUUGGACUCGGUAAAAUAUUCUUUAAUUUUAAAUUAAAAAUCUGAAGACUUCGGCACAAUGGCGGCCGAGGUGUCCCAACUAUUGCUGGCGGUCAUCCAGGGAAUUCCGUCCGGGGCCACCAACGAUGACUUAACCAAGGCUAUGCCUGACGUAGCUCCGGCCACGCGAGUGGAGGCUCUAAACAUAUUGCUGCAACAGGGCGAGAUCGAGAUCCUGAAGAAAGGCGAGAAGCUGGUUUACCGCGCCAAGGAUCCGGAGAAGAAGAGCGCCCUCCCCAAAGAUGCUGACAACGAGGAGAAGGUGGUCUACGGCAUCGUGGAGGAAGGCGGCAACAAAGGAAUCUGGAUCCGGGAUAUACGCAUGAAGUCCAACCUAAAUAUGAUUCAGCUGAAUAAGAUCCUCAAGAAUCUGGAGACGAAAAAGCUGAUCAAGGCGGUCAAGUCAGUUAAUGCCAGCAAAAAGAAAGUGUAUAUGCUUUACAACCUUGAACCAGAUCUCUCCAUCACGGGCGGUGCGUGGUACCAGGACCAGGACUUCGAGGUGGAAUUCGUCGACGUGCUCAACCAGCAGUGCUUACGGUUCCUGCAGAUGAAGCGCGACGGAGCGGAAAAGAAGCGCGAAGGUCCCCUAGCCUUCAAGCAGAUGUCCUGCUGCACGGUCAACGAGGUUCACAAGUUCAUCUCAGACCUGGGCAUCAGCAAGGUCAACCUGGCGGAGGCCGAUCUGGAGACCAUCUUGAAAACCGUUGUUUACGAUGGUAAUGCGGAGCGGGUGCGCCAACAAGAUGGAUCCUUCGUCUAUCGCGCGGUCAACUCUCCUUUGCCACCAACUGGCUUGGUGCAGAUGCCCUGCGGCAUUUGUCCCGUGAUCAAGAACUGCUCCAAUUGCGGAGAUGUCACAGCGAUAACUUGUGAAUAUAUGCGAGAUUGGUUGGAUUAAUAA